AUGACCGUCCUCUCCAAAACCCUCGCCAUAACCGGCUGGUCUGCUUUAGGUGGAACAGCAGGCUACUACGCCCUAACCCGGCACAACCGCAUCGUCCCAGUCCCGCCAACGGACUAUAUCUUCAACCACACCCUCUACGCCCGCUAUAACCCGAAUAACGCUCCGGUAACCCAAGACCUCUGCGUCCGCCAAGUCCCCAUAACCAAGAUAAACCCCGAAUUACUCGAAGGCAAGGAAGACGGCAAACUAGUCACGGCAUUCUGUCAAGGGAUCUGGGGAGGCUUGGGCUUCGCAUACCAGCGCCGCUUCCUAGAGAAGAAGUAUCGUGGCCCGGAAACCGCCUCGAUGCUCUGGGAUCGCCCCGCCUUGAAAGAAUCACAAUACCCGAUCGGAACGCAAAUAACAGACCAUUUCGAAGUCGUGUCCCGCAACCCAACAUCCAUAAUAGUCCGCUGCGGGGACUCUCCUCGCAAAAUGGAAGUCCGGGAAAGCGACGGGUUGUUCGAGAUGACGGCUGAAGUGAAGGAGAAGGAAGGGGUGGUGGAGUUUGGAUUGAAGAGUGUGUUUUACAAUGGGACGGCGCCUGAGGCGGAAGAGGGGCAGAUGGGACCGAUGAGUCCGUGGAUUCAAUGGGCGCAUGCGCAGUAUGAUAAGAUUCUUAUGGAGACGAGUUUGAGGGGACAUGUGUUGAAGGUAUGGCAAGCAGACGCAGGCAAAGAGGCGGCCGGCAAGAGAGUUCAACAAUCCUUUCACGCCACGGAAACUGUCACGUGGGGUCCAGCGGGAUCUGAGUCCCGACAUUAG